AUAGUUGAUUGCAUAGAUAAAGUGAUGUCCAACUCCUCUCUCACUGGGAGUGAACGUUUUGUAAUUUGAAGCAUCAUAGUAUUGUUUUCAAUGGAAAAUGAUUAAAAACAUUUAAUUAUUGAGAGCUAACAAGCUUAAAUCCUUUUAUUGGGUAUUGAGAGGUCAAAGGUCAGUUAUUCUAAUAUACUUUAAUAAGAUUUAAAUAACCACUAUAUAGUAAUUUUUAUUCAUACUAAAUGUUGGGUGUUUUAAUUCAAAUGCCCAAAAAUUAUUAUUUUGUUCAAUCUGGCCAUAAUGGAAAAUGUUAUAAAAAACGCUAAUUUUGAAGCGCUCUCACACUGGAAUAAGUUGGACAUCCCUUUAUUCCUGGUUGAUUGUAUGUCUUUUAUGUACAAGUACAUACCACAUAUGCACACAUACAUUUGCAUGUGACUGUUUGCAGAUCAGUGUUUCCAUUAGGGUGUGAACGUGAAAAUGAUUUUCCUUUUUGUUUGCGAUUAUUCCGCCUUUUCAUACAAUAUCCGUUAUUCUACUUAUUAUUAAAUUUAAUGUACAUAUCUUCAUAAUACUUCUUUACCUUUGAGCACUAUUUUACAGUUUCAAAGCACAACUGAGUUAAAUUUAUAAAUGUACUAUUGUAAUAUACAUAUGUACAUAUAUAAUUUUAAUAUGAAAAUGUGUAUAUAUAAAGGAUUAAUUUCUAACUUGAUAUUAGAGUUUACCGGUAGUCUACCGUUUAGGAUGAUUUAUGACAUUUUUACGAGGAAGAAAUAAUAAAAACCAAAAUAUCAUUCCUUGGUUAAGUUCGAAAGUUUAAACAAAUACAUAUAUAUGUAUAUUUUAAAGAGUGAAUCAUUAGAGUAUUUAUAAAUUUUAUUUUCUACCCUUAUGUUCAAACAUAUUUAUCAAAAGGCUUAUAUACACCCGUACAUGUUAGGAAUGUUUGCCAAUUACCAGUUUCAUCUACAAUAAAAUCCACACUGUUAAUAUUAUAAACAAAAACCCAGGUUAGAAAGGUAUUAGUAUUGGUACUGCCCAAUGCACAAAUUGAGGCACAAUUCAAGUAUGAAACACGCUUAACGACAUUCGUUCACAGUCGUUUUUAAUUCGUUCAGAAGCAACAAUUUGACUUGGAAUUGAGUGUCACGCAUAUUGUGUAUGACAAAAAAAAAAAGAAAAAAUUAAUAAAAAGGCAUAAAUACGACAAAAUCUAAAAAAAAAACGAAUGAACACCAAAAAUUAGUAUAUAAAAAAUUUUUCUUUAGAUAACAUUUAAAAACUCAACUUGCCAAACAGAUAAAAUAUUAAAAAAAUUGGCAUUGGGAAGGAUUAAAACAUCAAUUCAUAUGAAUCAAAAUCUUAGUAAAAGUACCAAUAUGAGUGGCAGACUCAAGAAUUCAACUCCUCAAACCCCCAACAUAUGUCCGCAAGUUCGUAGCCGACCACGUAACCGCCAAUUUCGUUUAAUGUCGACAUCAGCAAAUGAAGAGGAACUAUCUCCCAAUUCACCGCCCACUAUUCUUAACAUAGUGGUACCAAGUCAUAUAGGCAGUGAAACUUCGGUUGUAAGUUCUGGUUUAAAUGCAGCAUCGUUAAAUGUGGUCACAAAGUCAUCGGCGCCAUUUGUGCCGUCGCCGCUGUUAGAUUCGAACGAGUACUAUGAGAAUUCACAACAUCCGCAUUGGCUUGAAGAGUCUAAUUCAACCAUUAAAUCGUCCACAAAGAAGUGCCAGUCAAAAUCUACCAAAAUUGAAAAAACGUUUUCUAAGGAGGACCACUUUGAGUCUCAACAAUCAGCUAAAAUCUGUCAUCCUUUUAAACCCCUACAAUAUGACGUAAGCUAUUUGAAGCAGCGUCUGGUCAAGUACCGUGCUGAAACAGAAAGUUGUGGAGAUGCAGCUAAAUUGAAUGAGCAAUUAAAUGAAAUAUUUAUUCGACGCUUGGUAGACAUUGAAAAUAUGGCGAAAGGUGAUACGGAUAUCAAGCUUGUAACUUAUCAGGAAUGGGUGGAUAUGCUAAUGCAAAUCAACGAAGUUAUCAUUUGUAAUAUGACAGAUCUAGAGAGCGAGGUUGCAGAAAAACUAGAAUGCAUGAAACGUCGGAUUCAAUCCAGCUGUAGUCAAACCAGCAAUAAUGAACAUAAAUAUCGUCAGGACAUUUGUUCUCUAAUGAAACUCAUAAAAAACGCCUAUCAUCACGAUAACUGGGAUAUUGAGGGGCUUGAAUUUCAGACGGUAAAUCUACCUGAAAUUUUGGGCACGAGAAAUAUCACUUGUUCGGACCUGCAACAAUCAAAUAUUAUGACGCUAGAAUGCGGCGAAGAUGAUCGAGACUCCCCCAAUAGGUGUUGUCUUAAAGAGCCCGAGUGCGUUUUGCAAAAUGUUGUAUUUGAUCCGCCUGAUGUUGGGGGUGGGGAAAAUGAUCUACAUUCGAGCUGCGUCGCCAGUUGCGCCAAUACCUGCAAACUAAACGAAAACAUGGAAAAUGUAACAGAUAACUCAUUAGAUCUAUGCAAAAAGAGUUGCCUUGCAAAUCAAUAUAACUCCAAUUCGAAUUUGCGUGCUUUAGCGGAGGAGGUAGCCGAAAAACAUGAUGAAAUCUGUGACUUAAGGCGACAAAUUUCUUGCUUAGAGGAUGAGAUACAGAAGGCGCAACAAAAGAUUCAGCUAAAGGACAAUGUUAUAAAAGAGUUGCGAAAUGAUUUGAAAUGUGUCAAUACCAAGCUAAUUGAUAACGGCUUAAGUAUUUGUGGUACAUGUGCCGGAGCUUCGUCCAAUUAUAGUAUGCCACCGAUCAACUUGGAGGAACUGUCGUCACGAAGUGCUUCGACACAAGUGUCUGCUGGGUUAAAGUCAUGCAACCAGGUUUCAUUUAUUGCUGAAAAUUUAUCUUAUGAUUCAUUGAGUAAUGCCGGUCAAGUGGAACAACAAAGGCUAAAAGCUCUCGAAAUUGAAUUAAACGAACUUUUUCAAGUUACUAAGGAGUUUAAAAGCCAAAAUCUAGAAUAUCAUCGAAAGCGACUGUCGGAUAUUUUAAACAAAUCAGAAAGUGAAAAAGCAGAAGCCUAUAGAAAGUUAGACUCCAUUCGUAAGCAGCUCAUUAACUUAGAAGCUUCUACCGCAAUGUCGUUUAAAAGCUGCUGCAAUGAUUCUGAUUCAGGCUUUAGCUCUAAAUGCGACAGUAAUCAGGAUGCUAAGAUAUUUGAUGCUCUUCGAAAUCGUUUACAACGUCUAAAUGAAAUGAACAUGGCAUUGAAUCAUCGCGUUCAAGCGCUUACAAUUGAAAAUAAUGAACUAUCGACAUGCUUAAAAACAGAGCAGACUUUUGCAAAGAGGAAUAGUGAUACACUAAAGACUCUAGCUGAUAUGAUUUGUGGAAUGUCGGACCAGGAAUUUGUCUACGAUGAAAUUUAUGAUAGAAAUUCUGAGUCUAACCCUUUCUGUCAAGCCAUCAUAAAAAUGAAAUACGAUUUCGAGGAAAAGGAAAGUAAACUUAUGAAUAGCUCAUCAAUCACACACGAACAGAACGAAGAUCUUCGAUGCCAGGUACAGCAACUGCAGGGUACUAUUUUGGAAAAAGAGCAAUGUAUAGGAAAGCUAAAUAGUAUGCUGGACCAACUGCGAUACGAACAACAAUGUUCUAACGACUGUUGUCUUAAAGCUAAAGACAAGGAAAUACGAGAGUUGUGUCAGAAGUUGGAACAGGCGAAUAAGAAAGUUGAAUCACUUGUAUGUGAACUAGAACAAAGCCAAAAGCAGGAGCGGUUUUUGCUUUGCGAAACUCGUAAACUGAACGAAGAAUUAAAUGACAGUAAACGGAAACACGAUAACUUAAGUACGCAGUUGCAUCGAUUAAAUAAACUAUUGAAGUCACAAAACGAUUGUCGGACAGAUAUUUGUAAAAAAUACGAAGAACUGGAACGGAAUUAUGAGGAUCAGGCGAAACAGUUACGAGCCGCCUGUGCGCAAAUGAAUUGCCUACAAGAACGUUUAGCACUGAUGGAUAAACGACAAGAGGAGCAUAACAUGGAGCGUAAUCUAUUAAGAGAUGAGGUACUCGCUUUGAAAGAAAAAGAGGCGAAAUUACUAAAUAAACAAAGAUGUCUGGGGGAUAAAUUAUUGAAGACAGAAAAUGAAUUAUAUACGGCGCACGAUGUAAUGAAGGAGCAGCAACAUAUCAUGCAACGCAGUGAAUCAACACAAAAAGACUGUACAAAGCGACUUCAAGAGGCGAACAAUGAGCUAAAGCGACAAUUCAACGUACUUUGCGAUGACUACAAGCAACUCGAGAAUGAGUACAGAAAACAAUGUGAUCUACGCAAACAAAAUGAGAAGGUUAUUGACUCAUUUCGAAAAUGGAAGGAAGCACAGCUUAAAGCAGAUGACGCGACUCGAGCAAGUUUUAAACAGUAUGAGGGACACAUUAAACUUUUACUUGAGGAAAAACAACAAUUCACCGAACAGUAUCGUUGUCUGCAUGGAGACUACCUUGCGCUGCAAAAUGAAUUAGAAAGAAUAAAAAUGUGCGCCUUCAGAUUUAGCAAUUCUGGACCUUCUUCGAAUAUUUCAGAAAAAUCGAUGCCUCAGCGCAUUGAAUUAAUUCGAAGCACAUCAUUGCGCGUUUCACAGAAGAGCAGUUCUUUACAAUGUGAUGACACAACCCAAGAAGCAUCUGCUUCGACAAAUCAUCUAUGAGGUUACUCGCUAAACAUGAUCAUCAAGCAAUAAAGUAUAAUAACUUAGUUAUUUAGGAAAGCUGUGUAGCGCGCCACUUCUUGGGAUAUUCACCAUUGAAAGCUCCAUAACAGAAAUACACUGUCGACGAAUGUGAAUCACAUGUAUAAUACCUACUUAAUUAAUUUGAGUAUAUUAACUAGUUGUGUUCGAAGUUACUAAAUGUGGGUAUAUGUAUACAUAUAUUAUAUUUAUCUAUGCAUAUAUAUAUGUACCAACUAUACAAACAAAUUAAAAUAUUUUUAGUACACAUAUUUAUUUUUUGACAAUGAUCGUUUUAUGGUAAAUAUGUAUAUCACAUACUAUACGUAUCAAAGCAGAAUAUAUUGCUUUUAAAUUAGAUUAGCACGCAUUCAUAAAAAAUGUAUAUUUAUGGCAACAAAAAUCAAAAUGUGGAAAUAAAAAGACACCAUUUUAAUUAAA